ACUUCUUGCGACCAUUUUGACAGGCUGAGUUGCCUCCCAUCGCUUCGAAUCAAACGAGCGGCAUCAACAUCAUGGCAACUAUCACUGUCAGUGCGGAUUUCGGCUACGUUGUCUUAGUUGUUGUUGCAACAUGGGUAUUGCUAAACUGGAUGGCUAUGCAAGUAAUGAAAGCCAGAAAAAAGUUCAAUGUUGCUUACCCCAAUUUAUACAGUCCAGUAAGCAAUGAUUUCAACUGUAUUCAGCGUGUCCAUCAGAACACGAUUGAAAAUAUUCCGGCUUUUCUGGCAUUCCUCAUUCUUGGUGGUCUGCAGUUCCCGCGACUGAGUGCUGUGUUUGGAGUUAUCUUCCUUUUGGGUCGAGUUGUCUAUGCAUUUGGCUACUACACUGGAGAUCCAAGCAAGCGUAACCGUGGUGCAUUUGGCUACAUUGGAAUUAUUGGGCUCAUUAUCAACACAAUUCUUCUGGCCCUCAACCUGCUUGGGUGGAUCUAAACACUUUGCAACAGACUGAGAAGCAUAGAGACUAAUCAUAAUAAUAUAUAAAAAUUAUCUCUUUAUGCCCUAUGUGUAUCGGUAAAAACAACUGAAUGGCUUACCCUUGCAUCUGCUUUAACCACCGACCAGUGCAUACUGUGCAUCCACAGAAUAAUUGACAAAAUGCCAUCAUUCACCAAUGAUCAUAUUUCCUAACUAAUCUUUCACAAAAUGGAAUGAAUCUAUGUUAUGUCUGCGUAUCAUAUUUUUCCCAGUUUUAUUAUCAGAUCACAAUUUUCACAUCAGCUGUCAUCCCAAUGCUAGGCUAGUUUUCUGUACUUAGUCCGUAGUGAUUCUAUUUACACCAUGUAUUUAAUGUUUUUCAUUGUGUUGUUUAAUCAAAACCCGAUGUAGCAUGUCUGCUCCUGCAGGGACCAAAGGGCAUGUUUAAAGCCUCGCAUCUGCAUAAUCCUGAAUACUCUGGUGGGAAGCAUUGUAAACUUAAUGGUUUAUAAACAGGCAUUUUGAAAAAGCAAUCCAUACAAACAUUUUUUACUCGGCUUUAAGAAUGUCUGAAAUUGACCAUAUUAUUAUGAGGCUCGCCCUGUUCAGUGAAAUAAUCACAGGUCCUCUUGCUUCUUCAGUGUUGAGGCAAAGCAAGGUGUAUAGCCACAUUACCCAAAAUACCACUCCAUGAUAGAACUGUUUCUGUUACAUCUAAAAUUUAACCUUUGCUUACUCAUGUAAUCUGCAAAGUUAAACAGGCAAUUAAAAAUGUCCCCCUGUCUUCUGA